UGCUGUGGCGUGUCAUCUGAAGUUAAGUAAUUGCUCAAGUUUCUUUUGAUGAUACAAGCAUUUUUCUGAAAUGCAUUGGAAAUGAAGUGGACACUGAUGGUGAAGUUGCAUGACUGUGUAUUAGCACAGCUGCUUUAAAACUAUUUGUUUGAUGAAUAAUGUUUUGUGCUAGUUUUUGAACUGUGUGUAUUGUAAACCCUUGCAGGUCUCAGAUGGGCCUCCGCUAUUGAAAAAAAUCAGUGGUUUGAUGAAGAAGGUCUGGUCUUUAGGGUCAUGUCAGGGUAACCCUUCCCUUUCAGCGCUUUAUGAUGAUGUCACGUCUUUCCCCUAAGGUGGAUGUAGCUCAGCCGGAAACCCCAGUAACCCCAGUCACCCCGGUUACUGCAGGAUUUUCCUCCACCUCCCCUAAUGAGACAAGUAAUGGUAAUGACCCAUGGGCAGUGUUUGACAGUAAUGCAUCUGGGGGGGUUUCUAAUAACUGGGCAGCUCAGCCAGAGGGCACAGAGACCGGGGAAACCAGCAGCAGUGCAUGGCAUUCUGGGCAUCCGCAGGCCUACCAGGGUCCAGACAUUUACCCCUACCCAUGUCUUAUUGAUCUAUCAGGUGCAGAAGAUGAUGAGUGGGACGAGGAGUGGGAUGACGUGAAGUCAUCGGGUGGCUAUGCUGAAUCUGAGGCUGGAGAGGGCGGGGCUAUAAACAGAGGCGGAGCUCAUGGUUCAUCCAUGAAAAUUGCCCUCAACAAAUUCCCUGGCUUCUCCAAAUCAGGUCCUGAGCUGUACCUGCUGUCCAAACAGCCUGCCAAAGGAACCAGGUUGCCUGUUUACGGGGGAGAGGCUGGCCCAGUGUGGGCAUAUCCAGACUAUCAGCUGGACUGUGUUGUCGCUGACCCUAAAAAGGGCACCAAAAUGUACGGCCUCAAGAGUUACAUUGAGUACCAAGUCACACCCACCACCACAAACAAGCCUGUCAAUCACAGAUACAAGCACUUCGAUUGGUUGUAUGAAAGGCUUUUGGAUAAAUAUGGUUCAGCGAUUCCAAUCCCCUGCCUGCCUGAUAAACAGGUGACAGGUCGAUUUGAGGAGGAAUUUAUAAAAAUGCGCAUGGAGAGGCUUCAAGGUUGGAUGACGCGAAUGUGCCGGCAUCCAGUUGUCUCCAGCAGUGAAGUCUUCCAGCUGUUUCUCUCCUACAAAGAUGAGAAGGACUGGAAAAUGGGAAAGAGAAAAGCAGAAAAAGACGAGACCGUCGGAGUCAUGAUUUUCUCCACGAUAGAGCCUGAGGGACUGCCAGACCUGGACCUGAUUGAAGUAGAGCAGAAGUGUGAGCAGUUCAACCGUUUCACCAGGGCGAUGGAUGACGGUGUGAAAGACUUGCUGACCAUAGGAAAUGAACACUGGAAACGCUGCACAGGCCCCCUUCCAAAGGAAUAUCAACGGAUUGGCAAAGCUUUCCAAAACCUGUCCUCAGUGUUCAACAGCAGUGGAUAUGAAGGAGAGGCUACGCUCACAGAUGCGCUGACGGCCGCAGGAAAGACCUAUGAGGACAUCGCUCAGAUGGUGGCGGAGCAGCCAAAGAAAGACCUUCACUUCCUCAUGGAAACUAACAAUGAGUACAAAGGUCUGCUGGGAUGCUUUCCUGACACUAUUGGAGUUCACAAGGCUGCCAUAGAGAAAGUGAAGGAAGCGGAUAAACUAGUGGCCACCGGUAAAAUCACCACCUCAGAGAAGAUCACCAUGUCUAAACGUGCCAGCACCAUGUCAUACGCUCUGCAAGCGGAGAUGAUCCACUUCCAUACCAACCGUAUCUAUGACUACAACAAGGUGAUGCAGCAGUACCUGGAGCAGCAAGUCAAAUUCUAUGAGAUGAUUGCGGAGAAACUACGACACGCUCACAGUCAGUUCACUACUAUGUAACGGCGGAGCGGCCGUCCGGAAGCUGCCUCACUCGUUCUCUCUGUUCCUCUUACAUGAUUAUUCUCAUUCUGUGUUUCUAUUCAUGUUAUCUGUGUCAUGAUGUCAGUGCCAUAAAAAUAUCCUGUUGAUCUCAGGCCAAAGAAAGCAUUGAUCGGUGGCCAAAAGCAGCUACAGAUUGUGACUAAAAAUAUCAGAUUAUAUGGGGCUUUACUUAUUAUAAGUAUGUAGUUGUUGAUUUAGAUGUUCCAGGUUCUGUUAUGACCUCCAUCGAUUUGAUUUAUGAUAAAUAUGAAAGAUGCAGAGAGAGACAUAACUUUACGUACUUUUAUACAAGUGAUCUAAACUUAUUCUGAGGCACAUAUGAGGCUAAGCCAAGUUUGAUUGUGCCUUGUUUUGUAGAGACCCUGCAAAAAAAAAA